AUGGGAAAGAUCAUCUUCUACGAGGAUAGGAACUUCCAGGGCCGGCACUACGAGUGCAACGGCGACCGCACCGACAUGCACCUCCACUUCACCCGCUGCAACUCCAUCCGGGUGGACAGUGGCUGCUGGGUGGCCUAUGAGAAACCCAACUACAUGGGCUACCAGUACAUGCUAACACGGGGCAAAUAUCCAGACCAUCACCGCUGGGCUGGCUUCAAUGACUGCAUCCGCUCCUGUCGCAUUAUCCCUGCUUACAAUGGAAACUAUAGAGUGAAGAUCUUUGAGAGAGCGGACUUUGGAGGGAGGAUGAUGGAGCUGAUGGAUGACUGUCCAAAUCUUCAGGACCGUUUCCAAAUCCGUGACAUCUUCUCCUGCAAUGUUGUGGAAGGCUACUGGAUCCUCCAUGAGCACCCCCACUACAGGGGGCGCCAGUACUUCCUGCGGCCAGGAGCAUACAGCAGGCACAGUGCAUGGGGUGGCAUGAGCUCCUCUAUUGGGUCUCUGCGCCGUGUCACUGACCUCAACUGA